AUGGACCACGACGAGGACCGGUCCCUGUCCCUGGGCACGGAGGUGUCGGCCUCCGUGCCGCCGCCGAGCCCGCUCACGGGGUGUUACCUCCUCGCGGUCGUCGGCGAACCCCACACGCACGAGCACAAGGAGAUCAUCCUGCAGCGCCUUGUCAAAGGGCUGCUGUCAUGGGACUCUGGCGAGCAUCAGGUGGACCUGGAGAAGGAGCUCUCCACCCUCACGGCGCAGGCACCCGAGGGGGAGGAGGCCAGAUAUGGCGAGCGCCUUAUCCAGUUCGCAUCCGAGAACCUCGUGACAGAGAUCCUGAUCCACCCGCAGAUGAACACGCUGAUGCAGUGCAUGCGCAACCUGCUCAGCUCCUUCACGCGGCACCGGCACCUCGUGCACGCCGGAUACACCUUCGCAGGGAACGGCUCCUGGAUCAUGCAGGACGGGACCUUUUCCCUGGCAGACUUUACAGACGCAUACCAAGAAAAUGAAGUGCAGCGCGUGAUUCGCGCGUACGAAAACUCGAUCUCGAUCGACGUGCAUUGCUCCACGAGCGGCGGCGGCGACUGGGCCAAGCUGCCCGACAUGCCCUUCAUCAAGCACUGCAAGAUUAGGGUCAACCCUACGGACAUUUUGGACUCUGGCUCGCAAGCCAUCAAGGACUUUAUCGCAUACCUGGACCCAUACAUUGUGCCAGCCAGCCUGGACCAGCUGCUGGUCUCCAGCGACGUGGUGGGCAACAUUCGCUUCAGCCAUCCCACGCUCUACGUGUUCCCUGGAGGACAGGGGGACGCCGCACUCUUCGGCAUCAACGGAUUCAACAUGCUCGUGGACGGCGGUUUCUCGCGCAAGGCCUGCUGGUGGGACUUCGCGAGGCACCUGGAUCGUCUGGACGCGGUACUAUUCACGCGUCUCAACAACUGCUCGGUGGCCGGCAUGUCGUCGGUACUGCGUAGGAAGGCGGGCGCUAACGUCUACCCGCAGAUUGGACACUUCUUUUGUAACCUCGAAGAGCGCCGCGCUCUAGCCAGCCCGGACGGAGACAAGGACGCGGACCCGCUGCUCGUGUCGCUCCUGCAGGAGGGGUCGGACAUGAUGGCGGACCUGCGACACCUCAACCUCAAGCCGCAGCACUGCUACCGCGGCCCCGAGCCCAUCAACCUUUACCACAAAGUUGGACAUGGGACACUUGACAUGUACGUACUGAAUCCGUCCAAGGACUCGAAACACGUUCGUGAAUUCCUAAAAAGGUGGCAUAACAGUGAACAAAAACUAUUUGAAGGUGCAAGUGUAUCUGGACAAUUCAAUUUUCCAAUUCCUAACCUAGUGUCUAUUUGUGCGUUACUCGUGUGGCGCCCAGCAAACCCAGAUGAGACAAUAACCAGGAUAAUGUUCCCUGGUUCCACACCACAACACAAAAUAUUCGAAGGACUCGAGAAAUUAAAACAUCUCGAGUUCCUACAACACCCAACAUGCACGGGACGACAGAUGGCGCCGGCGCUGCCAGCCAUCACCGCAACGACUACCUCUACCACAGUGACCACGACAAAAUCGACCAAACACGCUGUUUCGAAAACAAGCAAAGAACGAAGUAUCAUCACAGAAAAAGCGAAAGAAGAAAAAAUGGUUGAACCCGAACCUCCGCCAAAAGACAUUAUAAAAGACGAAACGGACUCUAAAAAUAUCAUAGACAAUAAAUUGCUCAGUGAACUAGUUGAGGGUGAGGAGAAAAAACUUGAAUCGGUAUUACAAGAUGCCAUAACGGCAAGGAUAGAAACUAAACUAGACGAUAAAAUUGCUCAAUACGAGAGCACAGUUUUAGAUGGAUUACCUAAAAAGAAAGAGGUUAAGAAAAAGGUUACCGAAAAGAAAACUAAACGGGUUGAUAAGACUGACGACACAAAAGACUCUGUAGCUAAAACUACUGAAACCAAAAAGGCUGAGAUAGAAAAGACAAAAACGGAAGCAAAGAAAAAGGUAGAGAGCAGAAUCAAAGCGGAAUCAAUGUCCUCAAUGACAAGAAGUAAAAUUAGUCACAGAACUUCCCAGAAAAUAGACAGAAAAUCUGCAGCGAGCACAGUCGAAAAGAAAACUGCUGCAGAUGACAAAAAAUCUCCACCGACGACACCAAAGAAGACAGUUGAGUCCAAAAUGACCACUUCUGCUAUUCAAUCUUCUGCAAAAGAGCGAGUUAAGGCAAAGACACGAAAACUAAGCCCAGGGAGCACUCCCGCUAAGAGCGCUAAAGAAGCGAGUAAUCGAAGAGUUGCUGAAUCAAAAUAUAAACAGGCAUCUCCAAAAAGGGAUCUAGCACAAAAAGCGCCUGAAAGAAAAGAGCCUAAAAAGAGAGAACCUAUCUCAAGAAGGCCACGACCACUUGCUUCUCCAGUGAAGGGACUGAAAGCAAUGAAGAGUCCAUCAAAGUCUGUGAAAGCGAUUAAAGCCGACACUUCCAAGCUGAAAGGCUUACAAAGAGUAAAUUAUGAGGACAUUCUAAAAGAUGCCAAAAAAUCUGACGAAGACACCUCGAAAUCACUUGACGAUAUAAAACAACAGGAGUUAGACGAAAGAGAAGAACAAGAAAUUGUUAGAGAAAUCGAAGCAGUAUUUAAUAGAGAUAGUGAAGCCGAAGAAAAGGUUGAAUAUGUGGGUCGCUCUGAUAUUGAAAAGAUUACCUGUAUGCUAGAUGAAUCCAAGACUGAAACGACUGCCGACGUUGAAUUUGAAGAAGAAUAUUUAAUAAUAGAAAAGGAAGAAGUGGAUCAAUAUACUGAGGAUUCCAUUGUUGAUCAUGAAAGUGGUCAUGAACAAGGAGAUGAACUCCAAAAACACAUCAAAGAUAAGGAAGAGUCUGAGAAGAAAAAAGAGGAACCCGUAAAAGAGGACGAAAUUGCACAUGAACCCAAAAUACCAGAACCUGAACAUGAGGCUGAACCCAAGCAAAUAGAAUCAAAAGAGCAUUCUGUGAGUGUUGAAGAAAAACAAGACAUAAGUAGUGAAAAGAAAACUUCAGACAGUAAAAGUGGAGCCCCGAAACCAAAAGAUUCACUCGAACUCAAUAUUGUACAAGAAUCCCAACCUGAUGAAAAAAUAUCUACAACGAUCGAAUCAGGUGCCACUACUGCACCGACAUUACCUGAAGAUGAACGGAUUACUCUUGAUGAUAUAAAAGAAGACCAACAAAUUGAAGAAAAACACAUUCAAGAAGAAACCAAAGAAAUUGUCCCACCACAAACAUUUGACAUUCAAAAAAUGACUACAUUAGAGAAGAGUCUCAAGUUAGAAACACAGCCAGCACCGAUCCGAGAAAUCGUUAAAACCCCUGAUGAGGUCGCCGAUUUACCUCUUCAUGAAGAAGUAGACUACCGAACAUACGAGGAAAAGAAAACGCCAGUUGAAGAAGACAUCUUUAAACGAAAACCAGAUGUUGGUUUUGUCCAUGAAAUUAAAGUUCCUAAAGAUUUGCCUCUUCCAGACCAGGAUGCAGCCGUUUCUUAUAAAGGAACCAAAGCGAUUGAAGAUGACGUUGUACUGAAAACUGUCCAGCGUGCAUCUCAUGCCAAACUGGUUACUGUCACUCCAGGGUCAGCGCCUGAAUCUCCUAUGUACCACGAACAAAUGAAAAUGUCUCAUACAUUGGCAGGAAAAGAAUUAGAGACUGUAAAAGAAUAUGACCAGGUAGAUUAUAACUAUGGUCAAUACACAGAACAAUUAAGAGAAACGCAUAUCACAACCCUUGAUUCGCCUAUUAAAGAUGAUAUUAUAAUUGUAGAAGAAGCACCGUGCAUGCCUGAAAAAAUACCUUCGAUUCCAGAGGAUGUUGAAAAGGAAAUUGAAGAAGAGCGAAAACUUGAAGCGGGUGAAAAACCUCCCCUAAGUCCAAUAGACGUUGAAAAGAUUGUUGCUGAUGUAGCUGAGGUACUCAAAUCUGAAAAAAGUCUCGAGGAAAUAAUGGCUGAGAAAUCACCCAUUCAUCUCCGAAAGUCCCCUGAAACAGCAACGAUCUCUGAUGUUACUAUCACGACUGCCAUUGAAGCAACUAAACUGCUUUUAGCUAGUGAAAAAGAGUUAAAACAGGAAACCACUAAACAAGAAACAAAAGAAGUCAAACCAGAACUCGAGGAAAAAAUUGAACACGCAACAAUUGACAUUCAAAAAGAUGCAUCACCUGUUCGGUCAAUUACAUCAGAAGAUGUCAGUGAAGUUUCAGAUAAAACGGUGCUAAGUGAGGGUAAGCGAAGUAAACGAGAAAUUAAGGAGCAAAUAUCAGAAGUGCAAGAAGCGACAGUUGCAAAAGGUAUAGAAGAGAAAUUCGUGUCCGAAAAAGAAGAUGAAAUUUUAGAAAAAGGGGAUAAAGAAAAAGAAAUACCUGAAUUAGAGGAGAUGGUCAAAGAUAUAGUAGCAGAAGAUACCGAAGCUACUGUGUCAAAAACGGAACAAGUUAUUCCGACAUCUCAUGACGACAUAACCGAAAUUAAAAUACCUGAAAAAAAAUUAAGCAUUACCCAUGAAUCGGCCAAAACUUUAGAAAAAUUAGAAGAAAAGAUUGCUGACCUUAAACGAAAAGAAGAACUUUCGCAAUCUGUUCUAACUCAAGAGGAGGAAAAACUAAAAUCGACUACUACCUUUGAAGUUGAGGACUUAAAAGAAACAAUCCAUAAAAAAGACUUACAAACAACAGACAAAAUGCCUACGGAGGACUCUACAAAAUUAGAUCAAAUAUCAGUUCAUGACAAAGUCGUCACCAUCGAUGUUAGAAAACCAAGCCUAGAGAAAGAAUCUGACACUCUUCUCAGUACAGUUCUUCCCAAAGAACCUAAACCAGAGAAAGAGGAACAGAUGAAACAACUCGCAGAAAUGGUUUCCACGGUGUCAAAAUCUCCGAUUGAUUUUGAUACUAAAACAGAAAAGGUGGAACUUGAAAGUCAUGGCAUAGGAGCUCGUGUAUCAUCUGAAAAAGUUCCUAGCCCUGAAUUGACUGACGAAGUGGAACAGACAGAUGUUGUUGACCAUGUAACCCAAAUUGAUCAAGACCUGCAGAAAGAUCUUAGCUUUGAAAAAGAUUCAGUUCCACUUUCUGUUAAGGAAGGUGAAAAACAACUGAUUUCUGAAAAAGACAGUGACGAAGAAAGUGUUCUUGAGAAAUUUGAUGAAAUUUCUACAUCAAAAUUAGAAGAAUCAAAACUUGACAUGGAUACGUCACACAAGGAUACUAUUACUACUCUUAAAGAGGGGUUAAUAUUAAAAGAUGUAACUUUUGAUGACAAGAAAGACAGAGCUGAAAAGAUCAGCCAUGACUUAACAGAGAUAACGAGUAUGGUUUCUAGCAAACUUGAUAAAAUGCAAGUAAGUUUAGAAAAGGAUAUAAUUGAAAUUAAACAGGACCAAACAUUUAAAAAAAUCGAUGGUGAAGACACACUGACUGAUACUCGGAAGGAUUCAAUUUUGGAAUCAAAACAGAUGGCCAGUGACAUCAAGGAAGUUGAGUCCAUCACUAAAAAACUUGAUGAAAUGAAAGCACAACUGAAAAAAGACAUAAAAGCAGAACAAUAUAUUGACUCCGAACCUACUGAGGUUAGCCUGGACAAAGAAUUUGUAUUGACAACAGAAAGAGAAAAAAUAGGCGAGACCUCCAAUGUGCCGAAAGAGAAGCAAGAGUCUCCCGAAAGUGAAAAAGAAUCAAUUUCUACAGAAGACGGUGAAAGACUAUCUAUAAUUGAAAAAGUCAGUCCUUUAUCUGAAAAAUCAAUUGAAUCGAAACUCCUUUCUGAAACAAUUGCAACGUCUGUCGAAAGCAUGGCAAAAAAGGAUAGUGAAAAGGAAAUAAUUUCAACGAUUAAACCUGUUGAUCAAGAUACGUCGUCUGUAUCAUUGGUUGAAGAAACAAUUGAAAAAGAAAAAAUUAAAGAUUUGAAAGCUGAACCUCUUAUUAAAGAAAAACAAGACAAAUUUGGUGAAAUAAAGGAAAAAACUACUUCAUUCUUUUCAAAGAAGUUUGAAGGGAUAAAAUCUAUCUUUGAUAAAUCAACAACGUCAAAAGAUAUACCACCAGCGAAAGUUGAAGAAAAAAUAGCAAAGGAUAAAAUACCCAGUCCAGUCACAGAUAUUGACUCAAAAGCAAGCACUCGAAAAGAAUCAAUUAAGACAAAAGAUGAAGAUAUGUCGCCUGAAGAUACAAGUCUAACUAAAGAAUAUUUUUCGGAAAAACUUUCAGAACAUAUUCUUUCACUUAACGAGGAACUCAAUGUUAUAAAAGAAGAUUUAGGUCAGAAUGAUUUCGAGAUCAAGCCCACUGAGAAAUUAGGCGCACUGCUUGACAAAGACCUGAUUGACGAUAAAGAUAUUACUUCUGUAACAGACGAAACAACAAAAAAAGAACCAACAACAACAAAAGAUAUCGAAACAAGGGUUCUUGAAGAAUCAACUGCACUUCUUCAAAAUAAACUUUUAACAGGGGAAGACAGUAUUUUAAAAACUGUAAGCAAAGUAAUAAAAACUACUGGGGAAAAACUCGACCUUAGCCUUGAGACAGAGCCUAUGGUGGUCAAAGAAGUGAUAUUAGAAGAAAUUGAGCCAGUUCUUGGAAAGGUUCCAAGUCCAACAAUUGAAAAAGCAAUAGAAAAAGAGACGACUCCCGACAAGGAAACUGUGUCAAUCAUUGAACAACCUGAAGUCAUUGAACCAGUUGCUGUGAAAGAAGUCACUGCAGAAAUAGUGACUAAACCAAAGGACAUGCCACAAAUAAUAAAAACUGAACCUUCUGUAGAACAGGAACCAAGCCCUGAAGAUACUUCAGAAUUACAAAAAGACGCAAAAACUGAACUUGACAAGACACCAAGUCCUGUGAAAGAUUCAGCUAAAGAAAAAGAGGAAGCCAAGAUAUCUCUGGACAAGGAACCAAGCCCUCUCAAGGAGGAAAUUCAGCCAGCUCUUGACAAGGAGUCCAGUCCACUCAAGGAGGAAGCCAAGCCAGCUCUCGACAAGGAGCCAAGCCCAAUGAAAGAAAAAGAGCCAAGCCCACUAAAAGAGGAAGCUAAGCCAGCCCUUGACAAAGAGCCAAGUCCGCUCAAGAAGGAAGCUAAGCUAGCGCUUGACAAGGCGCCAAGCCCAAUCAAGGAGGAAGCCAAGCCAGCUCUCGACAAGGAGCCAAGCCCAAUGAAAGAAAAGGAGCCAAGCCCACUAAAAGAAGAAGCUAAGCCAGCUCACGACAAGGAGCCAAGCCCAAUCAAGGAGGAGACCAAGCCAUCUGUUGACAAGGAGCCCAGUCCUCUGAAAGAGGAAGCCAAGCCAGCCCUCGAAAAGGAGCCCAGUCCGCUCAAGGAGGAAGCCAAGCCAAUCAUCGACAAGGAGCCAAGUCCAAUGAAAGAAAAGGAGCCAAGCCUACUCAAAGAUGAAGCUGAGGCAGCCCUCGAUAAGGAGUCAAGUCUAAUCAAGGAUGAGACCAAGCCAUCUCUUGAGAAGGAGCCAAGUCCUCUAAAAGAGGAAGCUAAGCCAUCGCUCGACAAAGCGCCAAGUCCAAUCAAGGAGGAAACCAAGCCAGCCCUUGAUAAGGAACCCAGUCCUCUCAAAGAAGAAGCCAAGCCAGCCCUUGACAAAGCGCCAAGUCCAAUCAUGGAGGAGACCAAGCCAGCCCUUGACAAGGAGCCCAGUACGCUCAAGGAGGAAGCCAAGCCAACUCUCGACAAGGAGCCAAGCCCAAUUAAAGAAAAAGAGCCAAGCCCACUAAAAGAGGAAGCCAAGCCAGCCAUUGACAAGGAGCCCAGUCCGCUCGAGGAGGAAACCAAGCCAGUCCUUGACAAGAAGCCAAGUCUACUUAAGGAGGAAGCCAAGCCAGCUCCCGACAAGGAGCCAAGCCCAAUAAAAGAAAAGGAGCUAAGCUCACUCAAAGAGGAAGCUAAGCCAGUCCUUGACAAGGAGCCAAGUCCACUCAAGGAGGAAGCUAAGCCAGCACUUGACAAGGCGCCAAGCACAAUCAAGGAGGAGAUCAAAUCAGCACUUGACAAGGAGCCCAGUCCUCUGAAAGAAGAAGCCAAGGGAGCUCCCAACAAGGCGCCAAGCCCAAUCAUGGAGGAAACUAAGCCAGCCUUUGACAAGGAGCCCAGUCCUCUGAUAGAGGAAGAGAAGCCAGCCCUCGAUAAGGAGCCAAGCCCACUCAAAGAAGUAAAGCCAGAUCUUGACCGAACAUCAAGCCCGGUCAAAGAGGAUGAUAAACCAUAUCUUGAGAAGGAGCUUAGCCCUCUCAAAGAAGUAGUGAAGCCAGCCCUGGAUAAGGAAUCCAGUCCUCUCAAAGAAGAAGCCAAGCCAGCCCUCGAUAAGGCGCCAAGUCCAAUCAAGGAGGAGACCAAGCCAGCCUUUGACAAGGAGCCACUCUCACCGAAAGAGGAGACCGAACCAGCACUUGACAAAGAGUACAGUCCUCUGAAAGAGGAAGCCAAGGGAGCUAUUGACAAGGCACCAAGCCCAAUCAAGGAGGAGAUCAAAUCAGCACUUGACAAGGAGCCUAGUCUUCUGAAAGAGGAAGACGAGCCAGUCCUCGACAAGGAGCCAAGUCCAACUACGGAAGAGACCAAGCCAGCCCUUGAGAAGGCGCCAAGCCCAAUCAUGGAGGAGUCCAAGCCAGCCCUCGACAAGGCGCCAAGUCCAGUCAAAGAGGAGACCAAGCCAGCCCUCGACAAGGAGCCAAGCCUACUCAAAGAAGUAAAGCCAGAUCUUGGCCGGACACCAAGCCCGGCCAAAGAGGAUGAUAAACCAUCUUUUGAGAAGGAACCUAGCCCUCUCAAGGAGGACGCUAAACUGUCUCUUGAUAAGGAACCAAUCCCGGUCAAAGAAGACGCUGUGCCAUCUCUUGAGAAAGAGCUUAGCCCACUCAAAGAAGUAGUGAAGCCAGCCUUUGAUAAGGAACUCACUCUUCUCAAAGACGAAGCCAAGCCAGUCCUCGACAAGGAGCCCAGUCUAAUCAAGGACGAGACCAAGCCGUCUCUUGAGAAGGAGCCAAGUCCUCUAAAAGAGGAAGCUAAGCCAGUCCUCGACAAGGCGCCAAGUCCAAUCAAGGAGGAGACUAAACCAGCACUUGAGAAGGAGCCCAUUUCUCUGAAAAAGGAAGAGAAGCCAGCCCUCGACAAAGAGCCAAGCCCACUCAAAGAAGUAAAGCCAGAUCUUGAUCGGGCACAAAGCCCGGUCAAAGAGGAUGAUAUACCAUCUUUUGAGAAGGAACCUAGCCCUCUCAAGGAGGACGCUAAACUGUCUCUUGAUAAGGAACCAAUCCCGGUCAAAGAAGACGCUGUGCCAUCUCUUGAGAAAGAGCUUAGCCCACUCAAAGAAGUAGUGAAGCCAGCCUUUGAUAAGGAACUCACUCUUCUCAAAGACGAAGCCAAGCCAGUCCUCGACAAGGAGCCCAGUCUAAUCAAGGACGAGACCAAGCCGUCUCUUGAGAAGGAGCCAAGUCCUCUAAAAGAGGAAGCUAAGCCAGUCCUCGACAAGGCGCCAAGUCCAAUCAAGGAGGAGACUAAACCAGCACUUGAGAAGGAGCCCAUUUCUCUGAAAAAGGAAGAGAAGCCAGCCCUCGACAAAGAGCCAAGCCCACUCAAAGAAGUAAAGCCAGAUCUUGAUCGGGCACAAAGCCCGGUCAAAGAGGAUGAUAUACCAUCUUUUGAGAAGGAACCUAGCCCUCUCAAGGAGGACGCUAAACCAUCUCUUGAUAAGGAACCGAUCCCAGUCAAAGAAGACGCUAUGACAUCUCUUGAGAAAGAGCUUAGCCCACUCAAAGAAGUAGUGAAACCAGCCUUUGAUAAGGAACCCACUCUCCUCAAAGAUGAAGCCAAGCCAGUCCUCGACAAGGAACCAAGUCUAAUCAAGGACGAGACCAAGCCAUCUCUUGAGAAGGAACCAAGCCCACUCAAAGAGGAAGCUAAGCCAGCGCUCGACAAAGCGCCAAGCCCAAUCAAAGAGGAGACUAAACCAGCCCUUGACAAGAAGCCCAGUCCUCUGAAAGAGGAAGCCAAACCAGCGCUCGACAAGGCGCCAAGUCCAAUCAAGGAGGAGACCAAGCCAGCCCUUGACAAAGAGCCAAGUCCAAUUAUGGAAAAGACUAAGCCAGCCCUCGACAAGGAGCCCAGUCCUUUGAAAGAGGAAGCCAAACCAGCACUCGACAAAGCGCCAAGCCCAAUCAAGGAGGAGAUCAAAUCAGCACUUGACAAGGGGCCUAGUCUUCUGAAAGAGGAAGACGAGCCAGUCCUCGACACGGAGCCAAGCCCACUCAAAGAAGUGGUGGUGCCAGUUCUUGAUAAGGAACCCAGUCUUCUCAAAGAGGAAGCCAAGCCAGCCGUCGACAAGGCGCCAAGUCCAACUAUGGAAGAUACCAAGCCAGCCCUUGAGAAGGCGCCAAGCCCAAUCAUGGAGGAGUCCAAGCCAGCCCUUGACAAGGAGCCCAGUCCUCUUAAAGAGGAGGUCAAGCCAGCCCUCGACAAGGCGCCAAGUCCAGUCAAAGAGGAGACCAAGCCAGCCCUUGACAAGGAGCUAAGACCACUCAAAGAGGAGACUAAACCAGCCCUUGAAAAGGAGCCAAGUCCAAUCAUGGAGGAGACCAAGCCAGCCCUUGACAAGGAGCCAAGUCCAAUCAUGGAGGAGAUCAAGCCAGCCCUUGAAAAGAAGCCAAGCACACUCAAAGAAGAAGUCAAGCCAGAUCUUGAUAGAGAACCAAGCCCAGUCGAAGAAGAAGUCAAGCCAGUCUUCGACAAAGAACCAAGCCCACUCAAAGAAGUAAAGUCAGCUCUUGACAAGGAGCUAAUCAUGAUUAAGGAGGAAGCCAAGCCCGCCCUUGACAAGGAGCCAAGCCCGAUCAAGAAGGAGACUAAGCCAGCCCAUGACAAGGAGCCCAGUCCUCUAAAAGAGGAAGCCAAGCCAGCCCUCGACAAGGAACCAAGUCUAAUAUUGGAGGAGACCAAGCCAGCCCUUGACAAGGAGCCAAGCCCAGUCAAAGAGGAUGCUAUACUUUCUCUUGAAAAGGAGCCAAGUACAUUCAAAGAAGAAGUCAAGCAAGUGCCAAGCCCACACAAGGAGGAGACUAAGCCAUCUCUUGAUAAGGAGCCUAGUCCACUCAUGGAAGACACCAAAUCAGCUCUUGACAAGGAGCCAAGCCCACUCAAAGAGGAAGUCAAGCCAGAUCUUGAUAGAGAACCAAGCCCAGUCGAAGAAGAAGUCAAGCCAGUCUUCGACAAAGAACCAAGCCCACUCAAAGAAGUAAAGUCAGCUCUUGACAAGGAGCUAAUCAUGAUUAAGGAGGAAGCCAAGCCCGCCCUUGACAAGGAGCCAAGCCCGAUCAUGGAGGAGUCCAAGCCAGCCCUUGACAAGGAGCCCAGUCCUCUUAAAGAGGAGGUCAAGCCAGCCCUUGACAAGGAGCUAAGCCCACUCAAAGAGGAGACUAAACCAGCACUUGAGAAGGAGCCAAGCAUACUCAAAGAAGAAGUCAAGACAGUGCCAAGCCCACACAAGGAGGAGACUAAGCCAUCUCUUGAUAAGGAGCCAAGCCCAAUCAAAGAAGUAAAACCAUCCCUUGACAAGGAGCCAAGCCCGCUCAAAGAAAAAGUCAAGCCAGAUCAUGAGAGGGAACCAAGCCCAGUCGAAGAAGAAGUCAAGCCAGCCUUUGACAAAGAACCAAGCCCACUCAAAGAAGUAAAGCCAGAUCUUGACAAGGCACCAAGCCCAGGUAAAGAUGAAACUAAACCAGCCCUUGAUACAGAACCAAGCCCUGUCAAAGAACUACCAGCUGGUGAAAAGGAAACAAGUCCACUCAAAGAGGAGCCCAAACCAGUCGCCGAGAAGGAACCCAGCCCAGUUCAAGUGGAUGCUAAGCCAUCUCUUGACAAGGAGCCAAGCCCUGUAAAAGACGAGGCCAAACCAGCCCUCGAGAAAGAACCAACUCCAAUAAUAGAGGAAGCUAAACAAGCGCUUGACAAGGUACCCAGCCCAGUUAAAGAGGUUGCUAAGCCGUCUCUUGACAAGGAACCAAGCCCAAUCAAAGAAGAUACUAAGCCAGCCCUUGAAAGGGAACCAAGCUCUAUCAAAGAACCGCUAGCUGAUGAAAAGGAUGCAAUUCCACUUAAAGAAGAGGGUAAAUCAGGCCUUGAAAAGGCACCAAGUCCAACUAAAGAGGAGGCUGAACCAGCUCUCGAAAUGGAACUAGCCCUCGAGAAGGAAUCAAGCCCGGUUAAGGAGGACACUAAGCCAUCUGUUGACAGGGAACCGAGCCCAGUAAAAGAGGAGGCCAAACCAACGCUUGGCAAGGAACCAAGUUCACUCCUACACGACGCUAAGCCAUCUCUUGACAAAGAGCCAAGCCCUACUAAAGAACUAACUAAACCAGCUCUCCAAAAGGACCCAAGCCCAGUCAAGGAAGAGGCUAAGCCAGCCUUCGAAAAAGAAUCAAGCCCAGUAGAAGAGCAUGGUAAACCAUCUCUUGAAAAGGAACCAAGCCCGCUCAAAGAAGUGAUUAAGCCUCUUGACAGGGAACCGAGUCCAGUGAAAGAAGACGAAAAACCAACGCUUGACAUGAAACCAAGUCCACUCUUAGACGAUGCUAAGCCAUCUCUUGACAAGGAACCAAGCCCUCUGAAAGGCGAUGUCAAACCAGCUCUCGACAAAAAACCAGCUCCAAUCGAAAAGGACGACAAGCCAGCUCUUGACAGGGAAUCAAGCACUUUCAAAGAGGUGCCAGCUAUUGAAAAAGAAGCAAGUCUACUCAAAGAGGAGACUAAAGUAACUGUCGUAAAGGAACCAAGACAUGUUACAGAGGUGACUGGACCAGCCUUUGAAAUGGAUUCAAUCUUUUUCCAAGAGGACACCAAGCCAGCCCAGGACAAGGAGCCGAGCUCAGUCGAAGAGGAUGUUAAACCAUCUCUGGACAAGGAACCAAGCCCUAUCAAAGAAGUGGCCAAGCCAGCUCUUGACAGUGAACCAAGCCCAGUAACAGAGGCCAAACCAACACUUGACAAGGAACCAAGUUCACUCCUACACGACGCUAAACCAUCUCUUGAUAAAGAGCCAAGCCCAAUCAAAGAAGAAGCCAAACUAGCACUUGACAAAGUACCAAGCCCAGUCAAGGAAGAGGCUAAGCCAGCCCUCGAAAAAGAACCAAGCCCAGUCAAAGAGGAUGUUAAACCAUCUAUUGACAAGGAACCAAGCCCACUCAAAGAAGUGAUAAAGCCACUUGACAGGGAACCCAGCCCAGUAAAAGAAGAUGCAAAACCAACGCUUGACAUGGAACCAAGUCUACUCCUAGACGAUGCUAAGCCAUCUCUUGACAAGGAACCAAACCUUCUGAAAGAUGAAGUCAAACAAGUCCUCGAGAAAGCACCAACUUCGAUCAAAAAGGACGACAAGCCAGCUCUUGACGGGGAACCAAGCCCUAUUAAGGAAGUGCCAACUGUUGCAAAGGAAGCAAUUUCACUCAAAGAGGAGGCCAAACCGGACACUGAGAAGGAACCAAGUCCUGCCAAAGAGGACGCAAAGCCAUCUCUUGGCAGGGAAUCGAGUCCAGUGAAAGAAGAAGCCAAACCAGCCCUUGACACGGAACCAAGCCCUGUCAAAGAGGUGCCAGCUAUUGAAAAAGAAGCAAGUCUACUCAAAGAGGAGACUAAAGUAACUGUCGUAAAGGAACCAAGACAUGUUACAGAGGAGGACACCAAGCCAGCCCAGGACAAGGAGCCGAGCUCAGUCGAAGAAGAUGUUAAACCAUCUCUGGACAAGGAACCAAGCCCUAUCAAAGAAGUGGCUAAGCCAGCUCUUGACAGUGAACCGAGCCCAGUAAAAGAGGAGGCCAAACCAACACUUGACAAGGAACCAAGUCCAUUCCUAGACGACGCUAAACUAUCUCUUGAUAAAGAGCCAAGCCCUAUCAAACAGGAAGCAAAGCCAGCCCUUGAUAGGGAACCAAGCCCUGCUAAAGUAGUGCCAGCUAUUGAAAAAGAAACAAGUCCACUCAAGGAGGAGCCCAAACCAGUCGUCGAGAAGGAACCCAGACCAGUCAUAGAGGACGUUAAGCCAUCUCUUGACAAGGAGUCAAGCCCUCUAAAAGACGAGGCUGAACCAGCCCUCGAGAAAGAACCAACUCCAAUCAUAGAGAAAGCUAAACAAGUGCUUGACAAAGAGCCAAGCCCAAUCACAGAAGAAACUAAACCAGCCUUUGUCAGGGAACCAAGCCCUGUCAAAGAACUGCCAGUUGUUGAAAAGAAAGUAACACUAAAAGAGGAGGCUGACUCAGCCUUCGAGAAGGAACCUAGCCCUCUCAAGGAGGACACCAAGCCAAGCCUUGACUUGGAGCCAGCUGUUGACAAGGAGCCAAGCCCAGUUAAAGAAGACAAGCUAGUUCUGGACAAGGAGCCAAGCCCAGUCAAAGAAGACAAGCUAGCUUUGGACAAGAAACCAAGCCCUGUCAAAGAACUGCCAGCUGUUGAAAAGGAAGCAAUUUCCCUUAAAGAGGAGGCUAAACUGGUCGUCGUGAAGGAACCAAGUCCAGCUAAAGAAGAGACUGAACCAGCCUUCGAGAAGGAACCAAGCCCUCUCAAGGAGGACACCAAGCCAAGCCCAGUCAAAGAGGAUUUGAAACCAGCUCUAGACAAGGAGCCAAGCCCAGUCAAAGAAGACAAGCUAGCUCUCGACAAGGAGCCAAGCCCAGUCAAAGAGGACUUGAAGCCCGCUCUUGACAAGGAGCCAAGCCCAGUUAAAGAAGACUUGAAGUCCGCUCUUGACAAGGAGCCAAGCCCAGUCAAAGAAGACAAGCUACCUCUCGACAAGGAGCCAAGCCCAGUCAAAGAAGACAAGCCAGCUCUUGACAAGGAGCUAAGUCCACUCAAAGACGUCUUAAAGCCAGCUCUUGAGGCCCCAUCAGCCCUUGACAAAGCACCAAGUCCAAUCUUGGAUGACCGCAAGCCUUCUCUUGAGAAAGCACCUAGUCCACUCUUAGAUGACCGUAAGUCUCCCUUAGAUAAAGAACCAAGUCUGGUUACAGAUGACCAUAAGUCUCCCCUUGAGAAAGAGCCUACUCCAGUCUUGGAUGACCGAAAGCUUUCUCUUGAGAAAGCGCCUAUUCCACUCUUAGAUGACCGUAAGUCUCCCUUACAUAAAGAGCCAAGCCCAGUUGUGGAUGACCGCAAGCCUUCUCUUGAGAAAGCAGCAAGCCCACUUAAAGAAGAAGCUAAACCAUCUAUUGACAAGGAGCCAAGUCCACUUCAAGAGGAAGUCAAGCCAGCGCAUGAUAAGGAACCAAGCAUAGUCAAAGAAGAUGCUAAGUCACUUGACACAGCACAAAGCCCAAUAUUGGAUGACCGCAAGUCUCCCUUAGAUAAAGAGCCAAGUCCGGUUGUAGAUGACCGUAAGUCUCCCCUUGAGAAAGAACCUACUCCAGUCUUGGAUGACCGCAAGCUUUCUCUUGAGAAAGCGCCUGUUCCACUCUUAGAUGACCGUAAGUCUCCCUUACAUAAAGAGCCAAGCCCAGUUGUAGAUGACCGCAAGCCUUCUCUUGAGAAAGCAGCAAGCCCAACCUUGGAUGACCGCAAACCUUCUCUUGAAAAAGCGUCUAGUCCACUCUUAGAUGACCGCAAGUCUCCCAUCGACAAGGAGCCAAGCCCAGUCAAAGAAGACAAACCAGCUCUUGACAAGGAGCUAAGUCCACUCAAAGAGGUCUUGAAGCCAGCUCUUGAGGCCCCAUCAGCCCUUGACAAAGCACCAAGUCCAAUAUUGGAUGACCGCAAGCCUUCUCUUGAGAAAGCACCUAGUCCACUCUUAGAUGACCGCAAGUCUCCCUCAGAUAAAGAGCCAAGUCCGGUUGUAGAUGACCGCAAGUCUCCCCUUGAGAAAGAACUUACUCCAGUCUUGGAUGACCGCAAGCCUUCUCUUGAGAAAGCAGCAAGCCCACUUAAAGAAGAAGCUAAACCAUCUAUUGACAAGGAGCCAAGUCCACUUCAAGAGGAAGUCAAGCCAGCGCAUGAUAAGGAACCAAGCAUAGUCAAAGAAGAUGCCAAGUCACUUGAUACAGCACCAAGCCCAAUAUUGGACGAUCGCAAGUCUCCCUUAGAUAAAGAGCCAAGUCCGGUUGUAGAUGACCGCAAGCCUUCUCUUGAGAAAGAGCCUACUCCAGUCUUAGAUGACCGCAAACCUUCUCUUGAGAAAGCACCUAGUUCACUCUUAGAUGACCGCAAGUCUCCCAUCGACAAGGAGCCAAGCCCAGUCAAAGAAGACAAACCAGCUCUUGACAAGGAGCUUAGUCCACUCAAAGAGGUCUUGAAGCCAGCUCUUGAGGCCCCAUCAGCCCUUGACAAAGCACCAAGUCCAAUAUUGGAUGACCGCAAGCCUUCUCUUGAGAAAGCACCUAGUCCACUCUUAGAUGACCGCAAGUCUCCCUUAGAUAAAGAGCCAAGUCCGGUUGUAGAUGACCGCAAGUAUCCCCUUGAGAAAGAGCCUACUCCAGUCUUGGAUGACCGCAAGUCUCCCUUAGAUAAAGAGCCAAGUCCGGUUGCAGAUGACCGCAAGUCUCCCCUUGAGAAAGAGUCUACUCCAAUCUUGGAUGACCGCAAGCCUUCUCUUGAGAAAGCAGCAAGCCCACUUAAAGAAGAAGCUAAACCAUCUAUUGACAAGGAGCUAAGUCCACUCAAAGAGGUCUUGAAGCCAGCUCUUGAGGCCCUAUCAGCCUUUGACAAAGCACCAAGUCCAAUAUUGGAUAACCGCAAGCCUUCUCUUGAGAAAGCACCUAGUCCACUCUUAGAUGACCGCAAGUCUCCCAUCGACAAGGAGCCAAGCCCAGUCAAAGAAGACAAGCCAGCUCUAGACAAGGAGCUAAGUCCACUCAAAGAGGUCUUGAAGCCAGCUCUUGAGGCCCCAUUAGCCCUUGACAAAGCACCAAGUCCAAUAUUGGAUGACCGCAAGCCUUCCCUUGAGAAAGCACCUAGUUCACUCUUAGAUGACCGCAAGUCUCCCAUCGACAAGGAGCCAAGUCCACUUCAAGAGGAAGUCAAGCCAGCGCAUGAUAAGGAGCCAAGCCUAGUUAAAGAGGACUUGAAGCCAAUUCUUGACAAAGAGCCAAGCCCAGUCAAAGAGGUCUCGAAGCUAGCUCUUGAGGCCCUACCAGCCCUUGACAAGGAACCAAGCAUUGUCAAAGAAGAUGCCAAGUCACUUGAUACAGCACCAAGCCCAAUAUUGGACGAUCGCAAGUCUCCCAUCGAUAAAGAGCCAAGACCGGUUGUAGAUGACCGCAAGCCUUCUCUUGAGAAAGAGCCUACUCCAUUUUUAGAAGAUCGCAAGUCCCCCCUUGAGAAAGGGCCUAGUCCAGUCUUGGAUGACCGCAAGCCUUCUCUUGAGAAAGCGUCUAGUCCACUCUUAGACGAUCGCAAGUCUCCCUUAGAUAAAGAGCCAAGCCCGGUCGUAGAUGACCGCAAACCUUCUCUUGAGAAAGCAGCAAGCCCACUUAAAAAAGAAGCUAAACCAUCUAUUGACAAGGAGCCAAGUUCACUCAAAGAGGACUUAAAGCCAGCUCAAGAUAAGGAGCCAAGCCCAGUCAAAGAGGACUUAAAGCCAGCUUUAGACAAGGAGCCAAGCCCAGUCAAAGAAGACAAGCCAGCUCUUGACAAGGAGCUGAGUCCACUCAAAGAGGUCUUGAAGCCAGCUCUUGAGGCCCCAUCAGCCCUUGACAAAGCACCAAGUCCAAUAUUGGAUGACCGCAAACCUUCUCUUGAGAAAGCGCCUAGUCCACUCUUAGACGAUCGCAAGACUCCCUCAGAUAAAGAGCCAAGCCCGGUCGUAGAUGACCGCAAGCCUUCUCUUGAGAAAGCAGCAAGCCCACUUAAAGAAGAAGCUAAACCAUCUAUAGACAAGGAGCCAAGUCCACUUCAAGAGGAAGUCAAGCCAGCGCUUGAUAAGGAGCCAAGCCCAGUUAAAGAGGACUUGAAGCCAGCUCUUGAGGCCCCAUCAGCCCUUGACAAGGAACUAAGCAUAGUCAAAGAAGAUACUAAGUCCUUUGACACAGCACAAAGUCCAAUAUUGGAUGACCGCAAGCCUUCUCUUGAGAAAGCACCUAGUCCACUCUUAGACGAUCGCAAGUCUCCCUUAGAUAAAGAGCCAAGCCCGGUCGUAGAUGACCGCAAGCCUUCUCUUGAGAAAGAGUCUACUCCACUCUUAGAUGACCGCAAGUCUCCCUUAGAUAAAGAGCCAAGCCCGGUCGUAGAUGACCGCAAGCCUUCUCUUGAGAAAGAGCCUACUCCACUCUUAGAUGACCGCAAGUCUCCCUUAGAUAAAGAGCCAAGCCCGGUCGUAGAUGACCGCAAGCCUUCUCUUGAGAAAGAGUCUACUCCACUCUUAGAUGACCGCAAGUCUACCUUAGAUAAAGAGCCAAGCCCGGUCGUAGAUGACCGCAAGCCUUCUCUUGAGAAAGCAGCAAGCCCAACCUUGGAUGACCGCAAGUCUCCUUUAGAUAAAGAGCCAAGUACGGUUGUAGAUGACAGCAAGUCUUCUAUUGAGAAAUCAGCAAGCCCAGUUAAAGAAGAAGCUAAACCAUCUAUUGACAAGGAGCCAAGUCCACUCAAAGAGGACUUAAAGCCAGCUCUAGAUAAGGAGCCAAGCCCAGUCAAAGAGGACUUGCAGCCAGCUUUAGACAAGGCACCAAGCCCAGUCAAAGAAGACAAGCCAGCUCUUGACAAGGAGCUAAGUCCACUCAAAGAGGUCUUGAAGCCAGUUCUUGAGGCCCCAUCAGCCCUUGACAAAGUACCAAGUCCAAUAUUGGAUGACCGCAAGCCUUCUCUUGAGAAAGCACCUAGUCCACUCUUAGACGACCGCAAGUCUCCCAUCGACAAGGAGCCAAGUCCACUUCAAGAGGAAGUCAAGCCAGCGCUUGAUAAGGAGCCAAGCCUAGUUAAAGAUGACUUGAAGCCAAUUCUUGACAAAGAGCCAAGCCCAGUCAAAGAAGUCUUGAAGCCAGCUCUUGAGGCCCUUGACAAGGAACCAAGCAUAGUCAAAGAUGCUAAGUCACUUGACACAGCAGCAAGCCCAAUCUUGGAUGACCGCAAGCCUUCUCUUGAGAAAGCACCUAGUCCACUUUUAGGUGACCGUAAGUCUCCCUUAGAUAAAGAGCCAAUCCCGGUCGUAGAUGACCGCAAGCCUUCUCUUGAGAAAGCAGCAAGCCCAAUCAUGGAUGACCGUAAGUCUCCACUUGAGAAAGAGCCUACUCCAGUCUUGGAUGACCGCAAGCCUUCUCUUGAGAAAGCGCCUAGUCCAUUCUUAGACGAUCGCAAGUCUCCGUUAGAGAAAGAGCCAAGUCCGGUCGUAGAUGACCGCCAGUCUCCUCUUGAGAAAGCAGCAGGCCCAAUCUUGGAUGACCGCAAGCCUUCUCUUGAGAAAGUACCUAGUUCACUCUUAGAUGACCGUAAGUCUCCCUUAGAUAAAGAGCCAAGCCCGGUCGUAGAUGACCGCAAGCCUUCUCUUGAGAAAGCACCUAGUCCAAUCUUGGAUGAACGCAAGUCUCCUUUAGAUAAAGAGCCAAGUCUGGUUACAGAUGACCACAAGUCUCCCCUUGAGAAAGAGCCUGCUCCAGUCUUGGAUGACCGCAAUUCUUCUCUUGAGAAAGCAGCAAGCCCACUUAAAGAAGAAGCUAAACCAUCUAUGGACAAGGAGCCAAGUCCACUCAAAGAGGACUUAAAGCCAGCUCUAGAUAAGGAGCCAAGCCCAGUCAAAGAGGACUUAAAGCCAGCUUUAGACAAAGAGUCAAGCCCAGUCAAAGAAGACAUGCCAGCUCUUGACAAGGAGCCAAGCCCAGUCAAAGAAGACAAACUAGCUCUUGACAAGGAGCUAAGUCCACUCAAAGAGGUCUUGAAGCCAGCUCUUGAGGCCCCAUCAGCCCUUGACAAAGCACCAAGUCCAAUAUUGGAUGACCGCAAGCCUUCUCUUGAGAAAGCACAUAGUCCACUGUUAGAUGAUCGCAAGUCUCCCAUCGACAAGGAGCCAAGUCUACUUCAAGAGGAAGUCAAGCCAGCGCUUGAUAAGGAGCCAAGCCUAGUUAAAGAGGACUUGAAACCAACUCUUGACAAAGAGCAUAGCCCAGUCAAAGAGGUCUCGAAGCUAGCUCUUGAGGCCCUUUCAGCCCUUGACAAGGAACCAAGCAUUGUCAAAGAAGAUGCUAAGUCACUUGACACAGCAACUAUUCCACUCUUAGAUGACCGCAAGUCUCCCCUAGAUAAAGAGCCAAGUCCGGUUGUAGAUGACCGCAAGCCUUCUCUUGAGAAAGAGCCUACUCCAUUCUUAGAAGAUCGCAAGUCUCCCCUUGAGAAAGGGCCUAGUCCAGUCUUGGAUGACCGCAAGCCUUCUCUUGUAAAAGCACCUAGUCCACUCUUAGAUGACCGCAAGUCUCCCUUCGAUAAAGAGCCAAGCCCGGUUGUAGAUGACAUCAAGUCUCCUCUUGAGAAAACGGCAAGCCCUAUCUUGGAAGAACGAAAAGUUUCCCUUGAGAAAGAACCAAGCAUGCUCCCCGAAGACCGUAAGCUAUCUCUUGAGAAAGCAGCAAGCCCAGUCUUGGACGACCGCAAAUCUCCUCUUGUGACAGCAGAAAGUCCAGUUUUAGAAGAACGCAAGUCUCCCAUUAAGAAGGCAGCAAGUCCAGUUUUGGAUGACCAUAAGAUUUCUCUACCAGAAGAUCAUAGUUUAAUCUUGGAGGAACGUAAACCUUCCCUUGGAAAAGAACCAACCACGUUAUUACAAACCCUUGAUAUGAAGUCAGGUAUCAUUCAAGAAUUGGCUCUAAAAAUACCCGAAACUUUAAUAUCGAUGGAUGAUGAAAUAAUAAGCCCACCCUUAGAAGAGCCAAGUCCAGUAAAGGAAGAGGCUAAGCCAGCCUUUGACAAAGAACCAAGCCCAGUCAGAGAGGACGUUAAAUCAGCACUUGAAAAAGUACCAAGCGCAAUCAAAGAGGAGGUCAAACCCGCACUCGACAAAGAACCAAGCCCAGUCAAGGAAGUGGCAAAGCCAGUUAUCGACAAAGAACCGAGUCCAGUCAAAGUGGAAACCGAGCCAGCCCAUCACAAGGAGCCAAGUCCAGUUAAAGAGGAGGCCAAACCAGCGCUCGGCAAGGAAGAGGCUAAGCCUAUUCUCGACAAGGAACCAAGCCCAGUCAAAGAGGACUUGAAGCCAGCUCUUGACAAGGAGCCAAGCCCACUCAAGGAAGAGGUUAAGCCAGCCCUUGACAAAGAACCAAGCCCAGUCAAAGAGGAAAUAAAGCCAGUCCUCGAAAAAGAACCAAGUCCAAUAAAGGAAGAGGCUAAGGCCGACCUUGACAAGGAACCAAGCCCUCUCAAGGAAGAGGUUAAGCCAGCCCUUGACAAGGAACCAAGCCCAGUCAAAGAGGAAACAAAGCCAGUCCUCGAAAAAGAACCAAGUCCAAUAAAGGAAGAGGCUAAGCCCGACCUUGACAAGGAACCAAGCCCUCUCAAGGAAGAGGUUAAGCCAGCCCUUGACAAGGAACCAAGCCCAGUCAAAGAGGAAACAAAGCCAGUCCUCGAAAAAGAACCAAGUCCAAUAAAGGAAGAGGCUAAGCCCGACCUUGACAAGAAACCAAGCUCUCUCAAGGAAGAGGUUAAGCCAGCCCUUGACAAGGAACCAAGCCCAGUCAAAGAGGAAACAAAGUCAGUCCUCGAAAAAGAACCAAGUCCAAUAAAGGAAGAGGCUAAGCCCGACCUUGACAAGGAACCAAGCCCUCUCAAGGAAGAGGUUAAGCCAGCCCUUGACAAGGAACCAAGCCCAGUCAAAGAGGAAACAAAGCCAGUCCUCAAAAAAGAACCAAGUCCAAUAAAGGAAGAGGCUAAGCCCGACCUUGACAAGGAACCAAGCCCUCUCAAGGAAGAGGUUAAGCCAGCCCUUGACAAGGAACCAAGCCCAGUCAAAGAGGAAACAAAGCCAGUCCUCGAAAAAGAACCAAGUCCAAUAAAGGAAGAGGCUAAGCCCGACCUUGACAAGGAACCAAGCCCUCUCAAGGAAGAGGUUAAGCCAGCCCUUGACAAGGAACCAAGCCCAGUCAAAGAGGAAACAAAGCCAGUCCUCAAAAAAGAACCAAGUCCAAUAAAGGAAGAGGCUAAGCCCGACCUUGACAAGGAACCAAGCCCUCUCAAGGAAGAGGUUAAGCCAGCCCUUGACAAGGAACCAAGCCCAGUCAAAGAGGAAACAAAGCCAGUCCUCGAAAAAGAACCAAGUCCAAUAAAGGAAGAGGCUAAGCCCGACCUUGACAAGGAACCAAGCCCUCUCAAGGAAGAGGUUAAGCCAGCCCUUGACAAGGAACCAAGCCCAGUCAAAGAGGAAACAAAGCCAGUCCUCGAAAAAGAACCAAGUCCAAUAAAGGAAGAGGCUAAGCCCGACCUUGACAAGGAACCAAGCCCUCUCAAGGAAGAGGUUAAGCCAGCCCUUGACAAGGAACCAAGCCCAGUCAAAGAGGAAACAAAGCCAGUCCUCGAAAAAGAACCAAGUCCAAUAAAGGAAGAGGCUAAGCCCGACCUUGACAAGAAACCAAGCUCUCUCAAGGAAGAGGUUAAGCCAGCCCUUGACAAGGAACCAAGCCCAGUCAAAGAGGAAACAAAGUCAGUCCUCGAAAAAGAACCAAGCCCACUAAAGGAAGAGGCUAAGCCCGUCCUUGACAAGGAACCAACCCCGGUCAAAGAGGAGACUACGCCAGCCCUUGAAACGGAACCGAGUCCAUUCAAAGAGGACGCUAAGUCAACACUAGAGAAGGAACACAGCCCGAUCACAGAGGAAGCUAAACCAGCUCUUGACAAGGAACCAAGCCCAGUCAAAGAGGCCGCUAAACCAGUUCUUGGCAAGGAACCAAGCCAAAUCAAAGAGGAAACUAAGCCAGCUCUCGACAAGGAACCAAGCCCAGUCAAAGAAGCAAAACCAGUCCUCGAAAAAGAACCAAGCCCACUAAAGGAAGAGGCUAAGCCCGUCCUUGACAAGGAACCAACCCCGGUCAAAGAGGAGACUACGCCAGCCCUUGAUACAGAACCGAGUCCACUCAAAGAGGACGCUAAGUCAAAACUAGAGAAGGAACACAGCCCGAUCACUGAGAAAGCUAAACCAGCCCUUGACAGGGAACCAAGUCCAACGAAGGAAGAGGCAAAAUCAGACCUUGAUAAGGAGCCAAUCUCAGUCAAGGACGUAGCCAAACAGGUCCUCGACAAAGAACCAAGCUUGCUCAAAGAAGAAGCAAAGCCUGCUCUCGACAAAGAACCAACCCCGGUCAAAGAGGACGCUAAGCCUGCUCUCGACAAGGAACCAAGCCCAGUCAAGGAAGAGGCUAAGCCAACUCUAGACAAAGAGCCAAGCCCACUCAAGGAAGAGCCCAAGCCUGCUCUCGACAAGGAACCAAGCCCAUUCAAGGAAGAGGUUAAGCCAACUCUAGACAAAGAGCCAAGCCCAGUCAAAGACGAAGCAAAGCCACUCCUCGAAAAAGAACCAAGUCCACUUAAGGAAGAGGCUAAGCCCGUCCUUGACAAGGGAGCAACCCCGGUAAAAGAGGAGACUAAGCCAGCACUUGACAAGGAACCAACCCCGGUCAAAGAUGACGCUAAGCCUGCUCUCGACAAAGAACCAACCCCGGUCAAAGAUGACGCUAAGCCUGCUCUCGACAAGGAACCAAGCCCACUCAAGGAAGAGCCCAAGCCUGCUCUCGACAAGGAGCCAAGCCCACUCAAGGAAGAGCCCAAGCCUGCUCUCGACAAGGAGCCAAGCCCACUCAAGGAAGAGCCCAAGCCUGCUCUCGACAAAGAACCAACCCCAGCCAAAGAGGACGCUAAGCCUGCUCUUGACAAGGAACCAAGCCCACUCAAGGAACAGGCUAAGCCAACUCUAGACAAGGAGCCAAGCCCACUCAAGGAAGAGCCCAAGCCUGCUCUCGACAAGGAACCAAGCCCACUCAAGGGAGAGGUUAAGCCUGCUCUCGGCAAAGAACCAAGCCCAGUCAAAGAGGAAGUAAAGCCAGUCCUCGAAAGAGAACCAAGUCCACUAAAGGAAGAGGCAAAGCCAGCCCUUGACAAAGAACCAAGCCCAAUCAAAGAAGACGCUAAGUCGUUCCUUGAUAAGGAGAUAAUUCCCGUCGAAGAGGUAUCAGCUGUUUAUAAGGAACCAAGUCCACUCAUAGAAGCAAAAUCUGCUCUUGAUAAGGCGCCUGCUCAUGAUAAAGAGCCUAGCCUAAUCAAAGGUGAUACCAAGCCAGCUCUUGAUGAAGAACCAAGCCUUCAUAAGGAAGAGGCAAAGCUUACGCUCGACAAGGCGCCAAGCCCAGUCAAGGAAGACAAGCCAACUCUGGACAAGGAGCCAAGGUCAGACAAAGAGGACUUGAAGCCCGCUCUGGACAAGGAGCCAAGCCCAGUCAAGGAUGACAAGCAAGCACUAGACAAGGAGCCAAGUCCAGUCAAAGAAGAAAAGCCCGUUCUAGAUAAGGAGCCAAGCCCAGUCAAAGAAGACAAGCCAGCUCUUGACAAAGAACCAAGCCCAAUCAAAGAUGAGGCUAAGUCAGUCCUUGAUAAGGAGACAAUCUCGGUCGAAGAGGUGUCAGCUAUUGACAAGGAACCAAGCCCACUCACUGAAGCAAAGCCUGCUCUAGAUAAGGCGCCUGCUCAAGAUAAAGAGCCUAGCCCAAAGAAAGAUGAUUCAAAGCCAGCCUUUGAUGAAGAACCAAGCCUUCUCAAGGAAGAAACAAAGCCUACGCUCGACAAGGAGCCAAGCCCAGUCAAGGACAAGUCAGCUCUGGACAUGGAGCCAAGCCCAGUCAAAGAGGACUUGAAGCCCGCUCUAGACAAAGAGCCAAGUCCAGCCAAAGAAGAAUGGAAACCCACUUUGGUCAAAGAGUCAAGUCCAAUCAAAGAAGACAAGCCAGCUCUUGAAAAGGAGCCAUGCCCAGUCAAGGAAGACAAGCCAGCACUAGACAAGGAGCCAAGCCCAGUAAAAGAGGAAUUAAAACCCGCUUUGGGUAAAGAGCCAAGUCCAGUCAAAGAAGACAAGCCAGCUCUUGACAAAGAGCCAAGCCCAGUCAAAAAGGACUUGAAGCCCGCUCUAGACAAAGAGCCAAGCCCAGUCAAAGAAGACAAGCCAGCUCUUGACAUGGAGCCAAGUCCAGUCAAAGAAGACAAGCCAGCUCUUGACAAGGAGCCAAGUCCAGUCAAAGAGGACUUGAAGCCCGCUCUAGACAAGGUGCCAAGCCUGGGCUUGAUCAAAGAUGACUUGCCCGCUCUAGAGAAGAAGUCAAGCCCAGUCAAAGAAGACAAGCCUGCUUUUGACAAGGAGCCAAGCCCUGUCAAAGAGGACUUGAAGCCUGCUCUUGACAAGGAGCCAAGCCAUGUCAAAGAGGACUUGAAACCCGCUUUGGACAAAGAGCCAAGCCCAGUCAAAGAUGACUUGCCCGUUCUAAAGGAGCCAAGCCCAUUCAAGGAAGAAAAGUCAGCACUAGACAAGGAACCAAUUCCAGUCAAAGAAGAUAAGCCAGCUGUUGACAAGGAGCCAAGCCCAGUCAAGGAAGACAAGCCAGCUUUAGACAAGGAACCAAGUCCACUAAAAGACUCAAUAGUUCUUGGAAAGGAUCUAAGUCAAGAAAAACAAAUUGAAAGUGAGUCCUUAAUUGAAAAAGCUACAGCACAAGAGGCACUUAUGACAGCUCUCAAAAAAUCAAGCCCAGUGCAAGAAAUCAAAAAAGAAAAAUCUUCAACAUCCACAGAACAAAAGACUAUAGAAAGUUUGGAGCAAAUGUCUGUUUCAGUAUUAGAAAUGUCUGAAAUUGGCAAACAUAUUGCUAAAGAAAUGAGUGAAGCACCUGAAAUCAUGAGAAAAGACAAGGAUAUAUCUUUGAAACCUGAUGCAGACCUUACAAAACUCCCUACAACAAUCCCAGGUGACUCACAUAGUGAAACUAAAAAGCAAAUCGAUGAAUUAAAACAAAUUGAUGUAAAGACAUUGAAACAACAAAUGGCUAGUUCGUCAACGUCUCACACAAAACAAGAAACAAGGGAAAGUCAUAGUGUUGAAUAUAGUAAUGGCCACAUUUAUGAUAAUGGCCAUUCAACUAGUGAGGAUCACUCUCCAUCUGAUGAAACACAAGACAAGACAACACAAGAUAAACAACCGUUUAAAAAAUUAACGAAACAAACCGAAGAAAUGUUAAAACAUGAAAGGUUACAUGUCUCAAAGUUGGAAACAAGCUUAUCUGAGACAUCAGAAACAUUACAUAAAAUUAGUAAAAGAUCUAUCACAGAAAAACAGUCUAGUCAUGAGUCAACUGACAAAGCAUCAUUAAUUUCAACAGCUGAUAGUGGCAUAGACAGAGAAAGCAUUACUCAAACUAUACUGCACAGUAGUUCUGAGGAUGUUUCUAAAGAAGUUAGCUUAGAAGAGAAGUAUAGUUUUGAAAGUACGGAAAAGGGCGAAAAGAAAUUAGAUUUUCACAUACGAAAAGAAAAAGGAAUAGACUCACUUUCAAAGACUUCAGAAUCGAUUGAUUCUGGUGCUCACAGUAUUCUUGAAACUGAUGAAACCACAAGGUCUGAAGGAAAAUCAGUAGCAAAAACAUUAACUGAUAGCGCUGCAUUCCUAAUGGAGUCAAUACAUAAAGCAUUUGACGAAGAAUCUGUGCAGCAAGGAAUCAAGACUGAAGACUUAGAAACACUAGUUGUUCGUUCAGAAUUUGACAGAGUAUCAACUCCACCCACUGUGCCAGUUAGUCCAUUACCUAAGACACCUAGCAGUUUUCAAGAUGUUAAAGUCGGAGAGGCUGUACAAAGUGAAGUUACCUAUGAUAAGUCUGAUGGCAGUGAGGAGACUAUCACUAAAGUUGUUCACGUUGGAGACGAUGUUCUUACACAAAAAAUAUCGACGUCAACAGAAAGAGUUCCCAAAUCUGAAAAAUCCUACACUGUGGAUGGAGAAAGCGAUUCUGAGUUAUUUGCUUUAAUGCAAAAUAUGGGAAAGCUUAAGACAGAAACAGAUACAGUUACAAAAAUAAUAAAAGAGGGUGAAAAUGUUGUCACACAAACCAUAACGACAGUAACCACUAAAGAAGUAUUAUCUCGAGAAGAUGGUACACCGCAAAACAUUAAGACUACAAUCGAAACCACAACCUUAAGCAAAGGUUCUGAUGGUUCAACAACUACUACAAAAGAUACAAAAACAUUGCUUUCUGAAUGUUCAUCUAGCCUUAGAUCCACUUCUCAAUUGAGUACAUACAGCAAAGACUCUAAAGUUGAAUUAGACGGCCUAGAAAUAUCUUUAGAAAAGGUAAGAAGUACACCCAGCGGGUCAACAUUAGAUCAUCUAGAUGUUCAAGACGUCGAUCAUAUUGAAGACACGAUAGAUAAGUCAAUAUAUUCAGAAAGUCAUGAUUCAUAUGUGGACCAUGAGUCUGAAGAAGAAAUAAAAAUAGGGGAUGAAAAAGAUAUCAAAGAAACAAAAGUAGACCACGAAUCAAGGACGCUUUAUGGAGCUGAAGAAAGCGAAGACGUUGACGAUGAUUACAUCGAAGAUACUGUGAUUGAUUCCAAUGUCUCUAAACGAGUAUACCGUGAGCAAGGUGUUGACAUAGUUGAAACUGUCACUGUGAUAACAAGACAAGAAACGUUGAAUGUAAGUGAUUCUCGUAAAGUGAUAAAAACAACAACUGAACGUAUCACAUCUAAAGAAUAUCCAGAUGGCACAAUUGCCGUUGGUAAAAAUGUUCAAGUUCAUAGUGAAGAAGUUGAAGUUGACUCUUGCAGUAACUUAGAAAGUACAUUAAGUGAGUAUACAGAAUAUGGUGAGCCAGAAGAAACCGUGACUACACAAACGGAAGAACUUAAACAGGAAAGUUAUAUUAUUAAACGGGUUAUUACAACGAAAAUUGUUAAGAUCAAAUAUGCAGAUAACAGCGGUAAUCCUAAGAAAUUAAAGACUACGACAACAGUGACAACAACAGAUAACUAUCCAGAUGGAUCAUCACGUUCAAAAGUUGACACUAGCAUCACAUUAACUGACAUAGACACAGAAAGUGUGAAUGAUACAUCUGAACUAGCAGAAUUUACAAUUCUAGAAGGUAAAUCAGUACAAGUAGAUAAACAGGAGAAAAAAAGCAUUGUUGAAAGUAAAAUUGUUCUCCAAAUUAUAACAACUACGACUACCAAGGAAAUAUUUGCAUCUACUGAUAAAACAAAGAAGAAGUUAAAAACUACAGUUGAAACAUUAACAGAAACAAAACGACCCGAUGGAAUAACCGAAGUUGUCAAAGAUGUGAAAGUUACCGUAUCCGAUUACGAUUCUGAUAUAGUAGAAGAUAGUUUAGAAGGUUUCGAAGAAGCUGAAAAACCAGAAACAGAUGUACAGGUACAAAACGAGUCUAUUAAUGAAGGUGGUAUUGUUAUUAAAAGAAAAAUUACAACAACUACGACCAAGCAUGUGUUCCAAAACAUUAGCAAGAAAACUAGGCGAUUAAAAACCAUUGUAACAAUUGUCACUGAAGAUGAAUAUCCCGAUGGUUCUAUUGUUACAAAAACAAGUGAAAAGGUAUCUUUAACAGAUGAAUUAAUGAUGGAACAACAUCAAGAGUCUUUGGUAGCAUCACCAGUAAGUCAUGAAGUUUCAGUUGAUGACAUUCCAUCUAGCGAAAGUACCGAAGUAGAAACAACAUUGAAAGAAUUAAUUGAAAGUCAACCGGAAGAAAGUGAAACCAGUAAGACUGAAGAAAUCAAAGAGAAAGAUAUAACUAUUACCAGAACUAUAGUUACAAGAAUUAUCAAAACAAAAUAUUGUGAUUCACAAGGCGCUUUAAAGAAAAUUAAAACUGUCACCGUCGUCACCACCUCAGACAAGUACCCUGAUGGGUCAAUUACGACUACUGUAGACACCAGCACUAAAGUAGUCGAUGUUGAGGUUGAAGACUAUUUUCAGGCUCAAACCUUGAAAGAUUUCACAAAACUGGAAGACAAGACUGUUAAUGUUGACACUCAAGAGAAAACUGUGAUGGUUGAAGGCAAAAAAGUAAAUCAAAUCAUUAAAACAACUACUACAAAGGAGAUAUUAUCUUCAGCUGUAAGCUCAAAGAAGAAAAUUAGAACAACUGUUGAAACUGAAACUGAAACCAUGUUACCUGGUGGUCGCUCAGAAAUAACAAAGGAUGUAAAAGUAUCUGUUGCAGAUUAUGAGGAAGAAGUAUUUGAUGAAAACUUAGAAGGCUAUUCUCUAGUUGGUGAACCAGAUCAACAGACAAGUUCAGAAAAACAAACCAUCAUGGAAAACAAUAUGACGAUUAAAAGAACAACAACUAUUACUACUACUAGACAGGAAUUAGAGAAUACCAAAACUUCAUCCAAGAAAAUUAAGACUACCAUUAAAACUGUUGUUGAAGAUGAACUUCCUGAUGGAACAGUCAUUACAAAAACUAGCGAACAAGUUUCCAUCGCGGAUGUCUUUUUAAGAACACCACCAAAACAUGAAGAUGAAACCGUACCACCUGAAACAUACGUUGACACUGAGGUGGUUGAAGAUACAACUGAGGAUUCUGAUGUUAAAAAUGAAAUUAUUGAACAGGGAACGGUUAAAAUUAAGCGUACGAUUACAACAAAAACAAAGAAAGAAACGUUGGCUAGUUCAGAUAAAAAUAUUAAACGAGUUCGAACAACAGUAGAAACCACAACUGUAGAUGAAUAUCCUGAUGGGUCAACAGAAACCACUAAAGAUGUCAAAAUAACAAUUUCAGAAUUCCAGAAAACAUCAGAUAGUAAUUUACAAGCUGCUUUACAAGGUCUUUCUUCUACUGGGAAAGUGAAAACAUCAGUUGAUACGAAAACAAACAUCGUUACUCAACAAGGCGAUAAAAUUACUCAAACAGUAACAACUUAUGUCACUAAAGAAGAACUAAAGAAUAAUGAAACCAGUGAAAUCGCAGUUAAAACUGUAACUGAAACAGUGACAGAAAAUAAAAGGGACGAUGGCUCCGUGGAAACAACGAAAGAUGUCCGCACGCAAAUUACAUACUUACCCAUUGGUACUGGGUUAGACGACUGGACACCUGAAGAGCUAGAAGAAAUUGAGAAGCAACCUGUACAAGAGGAGAAGCCAAAGCUCGAUGAGUUGCCCUUAGAAGAAAAAGAAGAGCCGAAGCUAGAGAAAAAAGUUAAAAAGCAACGUUCACCAGUUGGGGACAUAACAACAGAUACUGAAACGUUUACGAAAAUUAUCAAGGAAGGUGAAAGCGAAAUCACUCAGACAAUAACAGUAGUUACCACCAAAGAGGUUAUAAGCCCUGAAAAAAUCAAAGUAACAGUCGAGACUACAACAGUGAGUAAAGGCAGUGAUGGAGUCACCAAAACCACAAAAUCUACUAAAACCACAAUUUCAGAGUUCAAAGAAGAGUUUGAAGAAAUUAUAGAUAGAGGCGAGAGUGAGAAAUCAUUUUCAAAACAUUCCUCAAAAACUGGAGAUAUGCGCAGUUCAUCCGCAGCUAGUGAUGACUUUGAUCAUCCCGGUAUAUCUACACCUCCGUCAGAUAUCAGCUCCAGGGGCUCACGGGCUGCAACACAUAUUUGGGGCACAGAAAGCAGUGGAAUGUAUUAUAGCGACGACGACGGUCAAGGAAGUCCAAGCAGCACAAAAUCACAAGUAGCACAUUCCCCAAGAUCCAAUCUAAGCUUUGAACUAGAUUCUACGAAGUUACCACAGCAACGCGAAUCUAGUCAAGAAAUGUUAUUUGAAAAGGAUUUUGAAUCACUUCCAAAAGAUCCAAUGUCGACCUCCAUCUAUGGACAGCUGCCUGAAGAUGACUCGUGCACAUCUUCAACUCAUUCUGAAGUUAAGACUGAAAUUCGUGUAAUUGAAGUACCAGUAACAAAAAUGACUGAACAAUUUUUAGCACAAGAAAAACUUAAAUCAGAAUUUGUAGAACAUAGUAGUAAGAUUUCUGAUGCAACUUUCUUGAAAGAAGCUGACGAACAGUUUGAGAAAGCGAUUGAGGAACACAAAAAAGUUAGCGGCUCACAGGUCAUAUCGAACAUAACGGCUAAAUACGAAUUAGACGAGCAAAGACAAUCUAGCACGAGUCAACAGAAGUCUGUCAUGGAAGAAAGUACAAUAACACUGAAAGACUUAAAAACAGAGACCAAGAAAGUUUCGGAGUCAAGUGCUUCAUCGUCAAGUAGCAAAUUGGAAUCUAGGUCGGAGAGAUCUGUAGUUACCAGUAAAACUGAGGCUAAAGAUCCUAUUGAAUCUUGGGGUAAACCUUUGGGCUUACCAAGUCCUAUCAUGCCACCAACUCAAUCUGAUGGUAAAAGCACUCCCAAGAAACAAACACCUAGUUCUACUGUCCUAAAUAAAAAUAAGAUCAACCAAGAAAAGAGCAAAGAAGCUAAGAAUCGGGCUUCAGAGUCGCCAAGCAAAAAGAAGUCACCAGCACCGGUUUAUAUGGAACUGACUUACGUCCCCCACCAUGGCAAUUCUUACUACUCAGCCGUAGAGUUCUUCAAGCGUGUACGGGCAAGAUACUAUGUAUUCUCCGGAACAGAGCCCUCAAAAGAAAUUUAUAAUGCUCUUCUUGAUGCCAAGAAAACAUGGGAAGAUAAAGAUUUAGAAGUAACUAUUAUUCCCACUUACGACACGGAUGUUCUUGGCUACUGGGUGACUGAGAAUGAGGAAGCUUUGGAGAAAUACAAGAUCGACCUAUCGCCAUCGGCUUCCCGAUGCACCAUCAACCUUCAAGAUCACGAGACGUCAUGUGCGGCCUACAGACUCGAGUUCUAGGUGUCGGGUCUAUUUGUGGCCUUCUCAUCGAAGAAGUGAGCCGCUCGUCCAGCGACAGAUGCUUUUGAAAGGAGGGAAAGAAGAAAACGUUAAUUGUUGUAGGAAAAAAAAUAGGCUGUGAUAAAGAUGAAAGUAUUCAGAAGCAUCUCAGCUGCACAGAGCGCACUACUUCGCAUGAGAUAGUUUACAAAUAGAAACACUUAAAGACUUUGUGAUAUUUGAAUGCAAUUAACAGACUGCUAAUGAGUUUGAUAAAAACGUAGUUAAUUAUCAGGUUAAUUUGAAUCAGGAGUUAUACGAACCGAUCGAAGUGCUGGUGUGUUGUGAGUGUGCGGCGCGGCGGCCCAACGCGAUCCCAAACUGACAAAGUCCUUAACCGCAUCCAGUUUAAAAGUCAAUAACCAAAAUCUCGACCUAAUAACAAAAACGUCCAUUUUUUUCUAAAACUGUUUUCUAGUAGCAUUCAUUGAUAAAAUAGAACAUGCCAUUUAAAAUAUAUUUCUGACGAUGUUUUAAAAAAUUUGGUCUUAUACAAUCUGUAGUGCUUUUAUACACAAUAUUUAGCGUAACCAGUCCAUUUUGUUUAGCCAAAACACCGCUUAUGCGAAUAUCUAAAUUUUGGAAAAGUUAUUUUGCUAUCGCAUUGUAAAAUUUUGAAUAGAUGAAUUGUACAAAACUUUGCGAGCACGGCCAUGUUUGUUUUAGCGAAGCUUUGUAUUAAAGGACGUGUUAAAUACGGUUCCGGUAGACAUUGUGUCAAUGAAAUCUAUGACAAGUGUUAAUAUAAAAUACCUGAUGUACUUUUAUAUGGUCAAAGUUUAAAUGUUAAAGUAUAUUUAACAAAGUCUUUAAAAGGCGCCCCUAUAGAUUAUCAAGUCGCUCCGCAGCCUAGUGCAGCUUGCGCUAGUUUAUCGAUAUUGUAAGGAGUGACAUUCUUACAACUUUUGUUACGACUCUAGAACGACAAAGAUGACUUCUCUUUUCAAUAUAAAGAGUUCAAAGUUGUGAAUGAUUGAUAAAGUAAAUAUUACGUACUUUAAGAUCAGCGAAAAUAAAGUAAUUGUUAAUUUUUAUUUUAACUCGAGCUUACCUCCAUGCAAUGGAUAAAAAAACGAUGGAACGUUCAAUCGGAAGCACAAAGAAUUAAUUUUAAGGAUCUGAUAUAAUUUUCAAAGUAGUAUGAAAAUCCUGCACUUCAAAAUACUUUGUUAAUUGUAACAAGUCUUUAAACUAAGAAUAGAAAUGACAAGCUACAUGCAUGGGCUUGACGAGCCAUCGUUUCUCAUAUUCAAUGAAGUGAUCUCUGUUUUUCUAGAUUACCAAUGAGCCUAAAACGAUAGAGAGCUUAAACCCAUUUAAAAUAAAUGUUUUAGUAAAACUAUUAUUACAAUUGAACUCUCUAUUUACCUUGUUUAAGUUGGAAUUUGCUUGUUGCGUCAGAAGUUACUAAAACAUAGUUCUAAUACAUGUUAUAAAUUUUACUUAUUUAAAAAUUUAAAAUCCUCAAGUGAUUAUUGAAUCUCUGCGUUGUUUAUCUAAAUAUUUGGCAUUUUAUUUUGUCUGUUAUUACGUUGUUUUUUAUUUCUAGUCGAUACGACCCAAAUACUUAUGAAGACGUUGUAGUCAUAAUAAUUAUUCGUUCCUAUUUGAAUUGAGUUCUAGCGUUUCUAAUAUUUUCCAAUUGAAUGAACCUCAGUCCUCAUGUAAUUAUAGAUAAAGGUACUCCAUUAGAAGAUUGUUUUACAAUUAAAUCCUUAUGUUCGUAUGAUGUGAGCGAAUGUGAUAAUGAUGAUUCAUCAUAUAAUUUACCAUCUAGUGCGUAAGAUACCUACUGAUCAGGGCUUUCCUCAGGUUAAAUGAUUAUUUGUCUAUUUAGUUAUUGCCAAAUGUGAAAAAUGAUGGUUUGAGUCAAUUAAUUUUAAGUCAUCCAUAGUGUUAAGCCGGUCUAAUCACUUCUAUCAUCGCUUUCUUUGCCAACAUCCUUCUAAAUAUAGUUAAAAUAGCGAAUACAUUUCGUAUUAUCUGAAAGCACCAGCACAAUGUAUUAACAUAAAAUAUAAACUAAAAAUGUUAACAAAUAACAUAAAAUAUGGUAUUCUAUAUAUUUAUUUUUAUGUAAUACUUUGUAAAAGUACGAAUGAGAAUUUAUUUUAUAGUUAAUAUGAUAUAGUAUGUGUUACUGUGUGUUGUUUGAUGUGAGCACAAUAAAUAAUUAUGUUUCGAUAUGUGAGUUCAUGCUUUAGGUUAUUGUGGAUGGGACUAAACAGGGAGAUGAAUCUUGGAUCCAAAUGGGAGUCAAAACCAAUGUAGCUUUCAAAAGACUGUCUCGCUUGAUUUUCUUAUCUAUUUAGUGGCCAAAGAUAUUUUUAUCAAUAAACAGUUUUAGUUACAUCGUCUGAGGUUGGAUACCUUAACAUCCUGAACUAGACUGCAAAAAAUCUGCCUCAUUUAUUUUUAAGGUGAACACUUCCAGCUUUUGCGGCUUCCUUAGACAUUCCUUACAGAAAGAUACAUUGGUUGGGACAAAAGAAGCUUUGAGAAUAUUUUGAAUGGUUUUAAAAUAGGCUUUCUUCUUAUUUCAGCCAGCAUCCACGACUUAGCUGGCUCUGAAGCCUGACCCAAAAGUUUACUAUUGUAUUUUAUAGCUAGAACUCUAAUUAAUGCAUAUUAUUAGGAAUAUUAAAAUGUUAUUAAAGUUAAGAAUUGUAUCAGCUUAGUGAACAUCAAUAGCUCUGAGAAAUAAAUCAUUAUUGAAAUUAUUAAAUGGUGUAUUCUUCCGGCAGUGGCCGAGUCUAAGGAGUUAGUAUUAUUUUGAAAUAUUAUUAAUUUCUAUUGGUUACAUUAUAAGAAAUAUACAUGAUGAUAAAAAUUACAUAGGUUUAGAACAUUUAAAAUAAGAACAAAAUUAAAACUUCCCUUACAAGAACAUUACACUUAAAAGUAAAAAUGUAAUAGGUUCUAGUCAUUAAUCUGGUGUCCUUGAAUGAUUACUGUCAAAUCACGCCUUAAAAUUUUAUAGGAAUAAACAAAUGAAAAGUGUAACUAAUAAAAGUGAAUAUAACUUAUUCAGUAACUUUUCAAGUGAACAUUGGCUCAACGAUACGUUGAUGAAUUUUUGCAGUCACGUAUUACAUCUUUACUUAAAAAUACGAGUUGGAUUAUUUUACUUCGAUGAUAUGUUAAUUAGUUCUGUUUCAUUUACAUAACAUUGGAAUGAAAUUGGGAUUGAAGAUGUCGGUCGGUAGAUAGGUGUAACGCAGUGUAUAAGCUUUUGUGGUGCUAACAACAGAUGUGCUAGGCAAGUAUGUUAUAAUUGAUCGUAUUCUAUUUUCCGUAUAAAUAGGAGCGAAUUUUUAAGACAAUCGGAUGUCACCGAUACUAACUAAAUUCAAACUUGUUCAUAUUCGUCCUAAUUUAUUCGGAAAAUAUGAGACACGCUUAAUGGUUAGGAAGACUGAUCGAUAGUUUUUAUUUAUUUAAAUAUUAAUACAUUUUGUUUGGUCUUUGAUAAAAAUGUCAGGAAUACACAAUACGCGGGAAUCCAUAUGCUGUUAGGCUUAGCUCUAACGGAUAUGUUUAAUAAUUUAAAUAAUGAUGCUAUCCUUUAAAUGGAUCUAGGUAUUUGUAAUGAUUACUGUAUUAUGUAAAAUUAAAGUAAACAUUCAUUGUAUCAGUCAUGUCGCUAUUCUCCAUUCAGCGUGUUUGAUGAAAUUGUAUGACUCAUUAAAAGUAAUAAAAAUAUUAAAAGCGUUA